AUGGAUGAAUACCAGCCAAAAGUUCGAGAAUGGGCGGAUCAAGGUCUCCUGACCCCAGACGCGAUCUUGAACAGUCCAAGCGCCAAUAUCAAACACUUUGGCCUCUUGAACAGUGAUUGCCAACAACGAUUACACAAAACCUUUGAUUCUUUCUGUGAGAAGGAACAAAAUGGCGCCAGGCUUUCUUCCCAAUUCAACGUCGAAGAAGCAGCCAUUCUCCUCCACCACAGUCUCCUUUAUCUAACUCGAGCCCCAUCCCACCAACCCAGAGAGGAAUCAUCAUUAACCGAGGAUGAUCUUCUUCGGGUCCUCGUGCGGGUAGAAUAUGACCGGUCGCGGCUACUCUAUGAGGAGAGUGAAGACUAUCGAACCAGAACACCAGCAGACACUCGCAGAAUCAUUUUACAGAGCCUUCCCAACAGAGUUACGAGCCAGGAUAUCGACCCAGACAAAGCUAUAAAUGAAGCCGAACACAACGCCUUUGACUUUCCUUCUUAUUACGCCCAUCGGACGGAAUUCGCCGUGACGAAUUACGAUGAUGAUGGAGAUGAAAUGUUCCAUGUGGAUUGGUCAUGA